UCACAGGAUUGAACUUUUUAACACAACAUCUUUUUAACACUUAAAAUUUAUUUAAUGUAAUUAAAAUUUGUUAAUAUUUCAUAUUUGUACUAAGCUUGACGGACCAACUCUAAUUCUGCAGAGAUGGAGAGCGAGACAGGAACUCAGACCAGCUCCCCUUCAGUGAGUCCUUCUCCCCCAGAGCUGUCCACCACACUUGAUCAGGUUUCCCGUUUCGGCACAGUUAUCCCCAACCGCAUCUUUGUAGGAGGGAUUGAUGUUAAAACUAAUGAAAAUGAUCUCCGAAGAUUUUUCUCCCAAUAUGGAACUAUUAAGGAAGUGAAGAUUGUUAUUGAUCGUGCUGGGGUGUCAAAGGGGUACGGCUUUAUCACCUUUGAGACUCAAGAGGAUGCACAGAAAAUCCUGCAUGAUGCUGACAGGUUGUGUUUUCGAGAUAAAAGGCUGAAUAUUGGACAGGCCAUUCGCAAGCAGCAACUGGGAGUGCACUCAGGUGGUUACACUAGGGCAAGUCCUAAUCCAUCUGUGGUUCUCCCAGCUCCAUUUGGCACCAUGUACCUAACCACACCCACAGGAUAUCCCUACACCUACUACAACGGCAUGGCUUACUUUCAUACACCAGAGUCCAAUGCUCAUUCCCCACACUGGGUUGCUUCACACUCAGUGCCUGGAGCUCCAGUGAUGGUGGCCCACUCUGCUCCUCAUUUUCACCCUUCACAAGCCUGUCACCAAUACCAGGGUCCCUCUCAGUGUGCGUCUGGUUACUUGCAGUGGACUGUUCCUCAGGUAGAGUCCCAUGUUCAUUCAAGCCCAAGCCCUUUGUUAUAUGUCCAGCCGGCAGAGUUGAUGUAUCACCCCAUGGAUCUGCCUGCAGAAAAUGGGUAUAUUCAGCCUCUGGUGGAACCUGCUGUUCCUGAGGUGUAUGUGGAUCACACAGGUCAGCCGCCAUAUCAAAUUUGCAUGCAGAAUCCACUGAUUUUUUCUCAUGUUGAUGGAGUUAAGGAGCCCAAGUUUCACCCAGUAAGACGAGGUUUCUCACACUCACCUUUCCACCUAAGGCCCAGGUAUGCCCGUGGUCCUCAGUACACUCAUCAGAACAAAGAUUACCGACCAGAUCUCCACACCUCUCCUCCACCAUCAUCUUCAUCUGCAUAAGACAUUCUGAAAUAGAGGAGCUUUUUGUGCCUGUUCUGCUACACCUUUGUAACUUACACACAUGUGAACACGUAAGAUUUUGGACAGGCUUAUAGUAUAAUCAUUUUACUUUUAUAGUCAGAUUAGAAUUGAAAAAUCCAACACAUAUUUACUGAACCAUUCCUACACACUUAGCUUUUUCCAGAUUUGAGGCGUUAAUUGACGCCUUCUUUCACUUAUUUGCCCAAAAUGAUAUUCCAGUAGUAAAUUAGGUUUGGGUUAGCCUGUACUAUAAAUAGUGACUAUAUAUAACAGUUUUAAAUUGCCUAUAUUACCGUAAAGAUCCUCAACUACAAGAAAAGCUACUAAAAAACUUAAAAGACAUUUUGGGGGUGUCUGUACAAAAUAGAGUUUCAAAAUUGAAAUAAUGUGGGCUGUGUAUUAAAACCCUCUCUUCGUUUAAACAUGAUCUGGUUCGACACAGCAAUAACAAUCAAGGCCAAUACAAACAUCUUCACUUUUUACAAAUCUAUCUUAGAUUCAAAAUCAUAGGAAUAUAUUCUGGACUGUUUAUUCUUAUUUCUAUACAUAUUGUAACAAUUCAAGUACAGUACUGUGAUAUUGAGAUGGUCCAAUCUGAAACAUCAAUAUUGGGACCACUGAUGACUUAAAAUGCAAAAUGUGGUGGUAAAGCUGCCACCAUCAUUUGCAUAG